ACCUCUCUUCACUCAAACAUGCCAUUAUUGAAAAACUACUAUUUGGCGAAAGCACCACGCAAUAUAUGAGGAUGUCUGGGGAUCUCUCGUUUUUAUCCGGGACUUGCUCCCAGUCAGUUGCUUCUCAAAAACGAAGCUUUUCUGCAUUACUGGCUGAACGAAGCUUAAAGAGGAAGCCUGUUCCAGAAAAUGAAAAGGAACUUCAGGAAGCUGCCGUUCAUCUCUUUAACCGUCACCAGAAUUUGGGAGACUUGCUAGUUGAGGAGAACCCAGUGCCUUAUAAAAAGACCUACUUAGAUGAAGAAAAUAAAUCUGGAAAAUCAAGGUUUUCUGCUAAGAUAACUAAUGGAGAUUCUUUGUUGGUCAGUGCUCUUUAUGAUCUUGCUUCAACCUAUGGCAUUCCUGUUGGUGUUUUGGCAGCAAGAAAAGUGGUGGAAAAAAUCUUGGAGCUCUUUCUGACUUAUGAUGAAUCAAGUCAAAGUGUUUUGCUUACAAGUGAAAAAAGGGAAAUUCUAGUUUGUUUAACUAAAUCUGUAAAAGAGCUUCGUUCUCAAAAUGCCUUCAGUCGCCAGAUAUUCUGUCAGGAGAUGUGGAGUGCAAAGCAUUCUUUACCCCUUGAACUUGUAUGGUAUCUGCAUAAGGAAAAUAUCACAUCCUUGGAAGAGUUUCUGGAAAGCAAUAGGAACUGUGUUGCUGUGUCUGGAUGGUUGUUCAGAAACCUUAAUUUGCUCUGUGGAGAAAUGAAUCGAGAAACUGACAUUUGCCAUUGUAUACUUUCAGAUGUUGUGACCGUGCUUGUGAGAUAUAGCUUCCAAGAAGCAAACGACAAGGAACCCAGUGUAAAACUGAAGAGAAUUCAUCAGGUGUGCUUUACUACUAUGAAUGAAAUGCUUUCAUGGGUUCUUGAAGUAGUCACUAAUGAAAAAGUAGAAGAAAAAACUUCUAAAGAGAAUGCUGCUCAGUUCUGGAUCAAAGUAUAUGAUGUCCGCUUAUAUCAAGGAGCUAUUGCUGCAGCCUCUCUGAGACAGUUUUUCACUCAUUCCCUGACAUACAUCUUAACUUACAAGCCCCAGUUUAAAGUUUCAGAUGCCAUUGGUAUGCAAUCGAAGUGGAGUUUUGCUAAAACAAACUUUUUGUUGACAUCGUUGUUCCGUAAGCUGUUUGUAUUGUUUGAUGCUGAGGAAUUGUUGGCACAUUUACAGCAAGUACUAGAGACCCUUGAAGUCAACUGGCAGAAUGUACUAUCCUGUAUAUCAUCUCUACUAGUGUGUCACAUACUUGCCCAGCAGAAACUGAAAGAGCUGUUGUCUCGGCUAUUAAAGAAUGCAUUUGAAAAUUAUGAUACAGAAAGUCUGAUUACUGCUUUCUUGUUGGUUCGCCAAGCUUCUUUGGAAGGUCCUGCUGUUUUUAACUCAUACUCUGAUUGGUUUAAGAAUUCAUUUGGGAAUGCUAGUAGUUACCAUGGAAACUGUAAGAAGUCCUUAGUGUUCCUUCUCAAGUUUCUCUCAGACUUGGUGCCAUUUGAACCCCCACAAUACUUAAAGGUUCAUGUUUUCUACCCUCCCUAUGUCCCAGCAAAAUACCGUUCUUCACUCCUGGAAUACAUAACUGUGGCAAAAACAAGACUGUCUGAUCUCAAGGUUUCUGUUGAAGACAUGGGUCUGUUUGAGGAUCCAUCUGCAGCCGAAGCACCUACACAAGUUCAGUGCCAAGCAGAAAAGGAUGUGGAAAAAGCCAUUGCUCUAUUUGAGAAUAGUGGCCGUAUCCCAGCCAGUGUAAUGGAGGCCAGUAUUUUUAGAAGACCUUACUACAUGUCAAAAUUCUUGCCAGCUCUAUUGACUCCACGCUUGUUGCCCAACAAGCCUGACUCUAAGGUAUCAUUCAUUGAAUCCUUACGAAAAGCAGAAAAAAUCCCAGCAAACUUUUACUCUUCAUAUAUUCAGAGCUGUGAAAAGAUUAAACAGCAAAACAAUGAAGGUGCAUUUCAAGAGAUGGGUAUUGCUCAGCUACAAGAACCCUGUCAACUUUUGAACACUGCCCUUGAAGAGUUAAACUGCCUUAUAAGUGGCCAGAGCAAGUUAGAAGAUAUCACUCCUCAAAUUUCCUUGAUUUCGAACCAUUUAAGAAAUAUUAUUCCACAUAAUAGUAAUGAAAGUUAUCUCAAUAUGCCAUUGAAGUUGGAUAUCUUAACACCAAAACUAGAACCUUUAGAGAAUAAGGUCACAGAUGACAUAUUGAAAAGUUUCUGUCAGAAUAUCUUGCAUGCUUCAAAAUUUGGUCCCCCUGAUGGUAACGAAUGCUGGGCUUCUGUCUUUAUGAAGAUGCUGUGUGACCAUAGACAAAUUUUGCAAAUAGUUUUAACCAGAUUAUUGCACUUGAUUUGCCACCAGGGGUCCUCUCUAACAGGUGUACAUAUCUUAGGAUUGUCUGCUUUUGUGAUUCACUUUCAUGAAUCUAAAAUCAAGGUCACACUUGUCAAUUCAGGUGUAGACUGUGAUAACCUCAUUGACUUUGCUGAAUGUUUAAAUAAAUUAAUGCUAUGCAACAGUGAAGAAUCAAUGACAUUCUGUUCAAGGUUUUGCACUGCAGCUUUAACUUACGGAUUUUGUGUGUGGAACUUUGCUUCUGUAGAAGAAAUAAAGGCCUGCAUUCCUAAGGGUUUUUGCAAAAAGAUUCAAUACAUAAUCCCAAGACUUUACGCAGAAGUUCGAUUUGGAAGUUUUGAGGAUGAAAUAACAAGGAACAUUGUACCUCCUUCUUGUGGUUGGAAGAAGUCUGCUCUUGCCCUGUAUAAUUAUCACAAACUUAAAGAGCUUGUAAUGCUACCAGAGUUUAAGUUGACAUUUAAAGACUGGAUCAUGGCUGAAUUGGAUGUUCAGCCAGGAAAAGAUUUUCUUUUGGAUAUGGAAAGGCAGGAAUAUCAGCGCUGGAUUUGUUAUCAGCAGUAUUUAUCAUCUUCUUUUAUUUUUGGAGGCUUUGCAGGAGAUUUGGAAAGUGAAUGCUCUGCCAUCAUUAACACAUUGGUGGAUCACAGUCAAAGAUCAAAGGUGCCUUACUGUAAUAUGAGCAAUGGAUUAGAGCAUGGUACAUGUUAUUCAGAUAUACUUUGCAGACUACAGGAGUUGACACUGGAUUUAGAAUUAAUGAGGACAAGAAAAAUGUUUACUGAUGAUAUGCAUGAAAAUAGACACUUCUUAUUUAAUGUGAUCAAAGAGAGGUUAACAAAGUUACAAGAGAGCCAAAACAUAAGUAGCCAACUAAUCAGACAGCAAGAAAUUGAAGUGAUCACAAGGAUUAUACUAACGCUCCCUCCUACAAUGCUUUUAAAACACUACAAAGAUAGAAGUAAAGUCUAUUUGAGCUGUGAGGAGUUUUGGAAUUUUGUGAAUACGGAGCAAAAAAAUUCCUGUUUCAGAGGAUGUGUUCUUCAGUAUUCACUGACAGCACAUUUCUUCAGGGGACUGGUGAAUUCAAGUAUAUUUUGUGAAAACCCUCACCAUGUUGUAUCUGAACUUCUAACAGACUGCAUAAUGGCUUGCCCUUUGCUAAUCUCUUCUGCUGCGUUUUGGUGGCUUAAAUUAGAACCUGUACUUCAGUCCCAGUGGAACAGGGUUGGAAGAGGGCACCAAGCUGUAGCACUGGGGAUGAUGACAGAAUGCCAAGCUUGGGCUAAAAGGUCACUUUGUGGUGAAGUAAACCGCCCUCCAUCAGACUCGCCUUUUGUUUUGGCUUCAUUUCUCUAUUUCUCCUUUUUAAAACGGACUGAUAACUGCAGCAUGACAGCUGUGCUGGGGACCAUGUGUGAUGAUAAUGAGCAGGUGCUAAUUUUCCUUUUGUUUUUAUCAUUGGUUGAUUUGAUCAAUGUUCAUCUUCAUCCCAAGGACAACAUGGAUUUAGCAAAAGUACAGAAGUGCUGUACAGAUAUUGUAAAAUGUCUUGAAGAUGUGGGGCAAAUGCUGGUUAUUUUCAACGACUCCGGUGCAGAACAAGAAAUUAACAAAACAAUGAAAAAAAUGAUGUCAGAUGUUGAAAUUCAGAUGCUACCUUUUGCUUUCUACAGCCUUCUUCUAAGUCUGGACCUGAAGGUGCGUGAUUGCAUUCUCCAGCAUAAGGAUUUCUUGAGAACAGUACUGCGGAUGUACAUUGAGCUUCUAAAGUUGUCAUUUGAUGGAUGUUCCUCAGAAAGCAAAGAAGAACAAAGUUAUGAGCAGAUUAAUGUGAUUGAGUUAGUCACUACAGCUAAGAAGUUUCUUCUCCAAGUUAUUUCUCAGACCCCGGAAAGAAACAUUUUCAACAGAAAGCAGUUGGAAGCCAUUUGUGGAAAUCACGAUCCUGAAGUAAAAGCUGCUCUCGCAUUCCGUCUGCAGGCAACUGGAAAUGAUUUUCUAGAUGGGCCAGACUUUGUGUAAAUGAAUGUUUUGAACAAGACAAUUUCAGAGAUGUUAAGUGUUGAAAAUACUAAUAAAAGUUUCUGUGCUACA